AUGCAUUUUCAAAACAAUCAAGUUGGAGAACUUUUGACACCAACCAUCAACGAUGGUGAUGUCAACAGUAUCACUCCUAUAAAUCCAAUAUUAACAUCAAAUGAUUUAUUUUCAUUUGAUGAUAACGAUAUUUGUUUUUCUUCAGUUCUAUCAAAGAAAAAUGAAUAUGAAUUGCCAACAAAAGAGAAUAUGAAUGAAAAUAGUGAUAAUAAUGAACAACAACAACAAUAUGACUUAUUUUCAACAUUUGAAUUUCCCGUUUUAAAUGAACUUGAUAAAACAGAACUAUCAAUGGAUUUUUUACAACUUGAUAAAUACAUCAGUCAGUCAUCAAUUCCAUCUCCUGAAGCGGAUGUUCUUAAUUCAUCAAUAUCUGAUGAUUCAGCUUUUCCAUGGAUUGGAGAAGAAUGUACAGUUGAAUCUGAAAAAACAGAUGAUAUGACUGUACCAUCAUCACCAUCAACGUCAUCAGAAAUUUCAUCACCUAGAAUCUCAAGAAAAAAAUCAACAAAAAAAACAAGUUUAUCAGCAUUGGAACGUAAAUUAAGAAAAAAAGAUCAAAAUAAAACAGCAGCUGAAAAAUAUCGUAAAAAGAAACAGACAGAACGAACUGAAUUGAUGGCUCGAUAUUUAAGUUUGAAAAAUCAAAAUCAAGAAUUGAAGUUUGAGUUGGAAAAUUUAACAUUUCGCCUUGACAACUUCAAACAAUUAUUUGUUGAUAUACUUCAUAUACAAAUUCCAUCAAAUGAAUCAACUUAA